AGUGAUUUCACAGCUGGUUAAUCAUCUCCAUCAAAAAAUGAUAGAUUUCGGCUUGAUAGAAGACAAGAGGCAUUCAAAAGAUGCCAUGGAUGCUCAAUCGUCGGAUGAUGAAACGUUACAAUUAAAAUUAGACUUCGAAGAUGCCUAUCAUUUAUGGACAGCGAGGCGAACCAAAAGCUCUUCUGAAAGAUGUCACAAUCUCCAUAGAAAUCACCUACAUAGUAAAUGGGAGGAGAAAAUAAAACUGUGUAAUAAUUUAGAAAUUCCAGCAGUUAAUAAUAAAGCAGCCUGUAAGAAACUAUUGAAUAAAUUGAAGUAUGAUGAAAGCCACAAUCCUAAAUCGUCCUCUUAGCCUGCAUCCCUAUUCAUCUAUUAUGCACCACCGGGCUUUAUC